AUGGCUAGUACUGGCCCUUCUCCGUCGCAGCCGGCACCGCCAGCGGCGCACAAGCCGAGCCGCAUUCUGGCUUGUGUGCUCUGUCAGCACCGCAAGAUCAAAUGCGACCGUUCUUUUCCUUGUGCCAACUGCUUAAAGGCCAAAGUCACUUGCACACCCAGCACACCGGCGCCGGCUCGGAAACGUCGGCGGCCCAACCAGGAUCUCCAAGAGAGGCUGGCCCGCUGCGAGGAGCUCUUGAAGGAGUAUGCGACCGCAAAACCCGAAGACGGCUCGAGCACGAGCAGCCCGUCGCACGCAUUCCCCGAGCGCGAAGCCCUGAUGAAGUGGAAACCCGCGGGGAGACUCGUGCGGGAAGAGACCGGCGUCAAGUUCAUGGACUCGUUCCUGCUGACAACAGUCUACGAUGAGUUGAAAGCGAUGCGCGACAUUGUCGACGAGGACGACUACUCCAUAGACGAUGCGACGCCCGACGCCAGUAUCUCGACCCCAGCCGACGAGAACAGCGAUCUUCUCAUGGGCAGCGACUUCCCAUCAGUCGACCUGGACGAUUAUCAGCCAGCUCCUGGACACAUUUUCCGGUUGUGGCAGAUCUUCUUGGAGCGGGUGAACCCCUUGACAAAGGUCAUCCACGUGCCGUCGCUACAGCCGUACUUGGUUGAAGCGACUGCCGGCUCCAAAACCGUGCCAAAGGACAUCGAGUCAUUGCUCUUCGCUAUCUACACCCUGGCUACCGUCUCCAUGACGCCCGAUGAGUGCCAAAGUCUCCUGGGAAUCCCAAGAGAGAUGGCGCUACAGAAAUUCUCGGCUGGAGUGCGGAUCACGUUGAGUCGCGCUGGGUUUUUGAAGAACCACACCCUCGAAACGCUGCAAGCAUUGGUCAUCUAUCUGAUAUCCCUUCAGAAUCGCUACAAUCCACAUGCCGCGUGGAUUCUGAACGGCGUAGUCAUUCGGAUUGCGCAAAAGAUGGGUCUCCAUCGCGAUGGCGAGGCUUUGGGUCUGACGCCGUUCGAGACGGAAAUGAGGCGGCGAGUCUGGUGGCAGAUCCUCAUGCUCGAUACCAAAUACGCAAUGCUCUCUGGGCUGAACUACUCCCAACUGCCUCGCCACUGGGACACGAAAGAGCCCAAGAACGUCAACGACGCAGAUCUCUUUCCUAUGGGGACCGAGCCGAUCCAGGACAGGGAAGGCCCGACAGAAAUGAUCAUCAUUCUCAUCACUAACAAGGUGGCCCGUUUCUUCAACGAGGUUCCCGGUAUGGAACCCAUCAUGCUCAUGAGCUAUUCGGCGGAGGCCUUCAAGGGAAUCGACGGUGCCCCGACCAAAGAGCACAUCGACUCGUAUCGCCAAAAGGUCGGGGAGUUGGGCAAGAUCCUGGUCGAGACGAUCGACCGAUUCUGCGACCCGGCGGCGGGCCCUUUGCACGAGAUGGCGGCCGACAUCAAGAACGAAGUGAUCGAGAAGCUCCAGUUGCUGAUGCUCCCCCCGCAAGAGCAGCAGUACAAUGACGAGAUCAAAACUCCCAACGACAACGCUUUCAAGAUUGCGGUCGCCUCGAUAGAGCACGGCAUUGAACAGGAGUUCAGAACAAAGGAUCUAGGGUUUGCGUGGUUUUCCAGGUUGCACUUUCAACAGAAUCUCUUCCAGUAUAUGGUGGGACAGCUCUACUACCGGACGAGCGGCAAAUUAGUGGACAAAGCCUGGGAGGUUGUUCCCGCGGCGUACGACAUGUACCCCGACUUGUACGAUAUAUCACGCAAGGGCCACUACCAGACGGCAAUCUUCACUCUCAAGGCGUGGCGAAAGCGGGAAGCAGUACUGCGGGAGCGCACGGGACUGCAGCCCGAGACCCCCCGUUUCAUCAGCAAGCUUUCGCAGCUGAUUCCGCAAGAGGAGAUCAAGUCCGAGACUCCCUCGACGGGGCCUACGCCAGCGCCGGCGUCAAAGACGCAGGCCGAGAGCGACAAGCAGUUUGUGAUGCCGCAGCAGGACCAGGCGUUUGACAACCUCCUAAACAGCUAUCUCGACGUCAACAGCAUCGACUGGGACAUGUGGGGCAACAUGGUGCCGGCCAACUCGGCCAUGGCGGCCUUUGGCGGCUUCGGGAUGGGUCCGUCGACAGAGUGGUAG